AUGUUUUUAUCCCAAAAGCCCAAGCAAGCUUUGCGAAAGAAACUAUCCAUGUUUACUUUAGCCCAAUACAGAGGUACAUACACAAGCAGAAUCCGUUGGGCUAACAUAUGCUGCCCAAUCUUUCAAAUGUAAAUGUAAAGAGAGUUCAACUGCCCCAACGUUUCAAUUUCUGGCAAAGCAAAAAUGGCUAUGGUCUCACUGUUAACAAAAUCUGCAAUAACAAAAGGCAGAGACGAAGUGUAUGUAAUGGCAGUGCCUCUAAGGGCCACAAAAGGACCAGCCCAGUUGCUUAUGUCUACUGCUUACUCUCUCAAUCUAUGGGAUUUGCACCAUUUUAUGGUCCUCGUUAAACCCUCCUCACCACCUCCUCCUUCUCAGGCUUUGGUUUUUGAUUUUCAACCUAAAGAUCCUGAAAAUAUAUAUGUUGCUCUUGAUGUCAUAGCUGGUAGAUCAGUACCUGGAGUUCUUCUUGUGAGGAAGUUGAGAGAACUACCAAGAAGCAAAUGCUGGUAUGUUGGAUCUCCCAAUGUUGAUGCCAUAGAUGUAGCAUGUGAAUUCAACAAAAGCUGGAAAACUGAUUUGAGGGUUGGCCACCAUGACUGUCGAGAUUAUACCAAUGGCUUGAUCGAAUAUCUCACUGGCCAAAAGGAUGUGUUGGAGUGCUUGAGAAGAAGCAAUGGUGGUCUGGGAGUUAAACUUGUGAUUUUGCAGCGGCACGUUGAUAUCCAUGAUAUCCUUCCAGUGUUCAUCGGGGUCGCUGAGAUGACUACAACUAUUGACAAUAAAAAUAUGGUCGUGUGGUGAACAAGAAGAAGAGCAAUGGAGGAUGAGGCACAAGUUGUUUUGGAAAUCAUGAAAGGCUUUUUGCAAGUAAGGGAAAUGAGGAUGCUUCAGCAAUGCAUGCCAGGACUUGGAUACACGCUUGCAGUAGAUGAGGGAGACAAACGGCAGUCUUGAAAAGAUGUUUAGAGAGAUCUCUAGUGGGAGAGAAUCCAUUAUGAGAGAGAGAGAUAUUGUGAUUUUAGGAUUAAAUUAGAGGUUCUUAGGGUUUAAAGGCUUUAAGAGAAAGAACUGAGAUUUGAGAAUUUUAGGGUUUAAGUGUGUUGUCCAAGCACCUCUUAAAAAAAAUAGGGUUUAAGCGUGAUGGCCAAGCAUAGGGCUCUAUUCUCUCUGCAUGGCCUUUUUUCUAAGCAUACAAAUUAAGGGACUUCUAUGUAUGCUAACCUCACGCCACAUAAAUAAAUUAAAAUAAAAUAAAAAGAUUAAUUCUAUUCAAGAAAAAGUUCUAUCUUACGUCAAACCCUUUGAUCAAGGCUUCCUUAAGGGUUUAUAUUUAUUUAUUAUUUAAGAAACACACACAAGGAAGAGGGAAUAGAAGCUUAUAGUAUAUUAAGUUAAAUAACUUAGCUUGAAUUUCUUUUAUACAUAAGAUAAGAACCCCCAAUCUCGGAACUUAUAUUUAUAAAAAGAACAAAACAGUAACAAAACAACUUAAAAACUCAGAAAUUGAACAUUCAACAAAUAAUUUUUGUACUAAUACACUAUCAAAACAUAACAUGAUUUCCCAUAAAAAAAAAAAAAAAAAAAAAA